AUGAACAUUAUCUCUUUUCGUAAGAUAAAUCUUGUCCAAGCCUACAAGGGCUUAACAACGCCACGUAUAUGGUCACAACAAAAAUUAUAUAUAAAAAACGCGUCAUUACAUUUACCAAUUUUAAGUCGCUCAGCUUCCAGCAAGACUUCCAAAAAAAAUUCAUUGGUCCAAAAGCACAGAACCAUUGAAACAUUUCUCGCCAGAGAGGACCAGAACACGGACACAACAGUAUACCAAGGAACGUUAUACGAAUACGAGACGAUUAAAUGCCUUCAAGAAGUAUUUGGCAUUGAGACACGUCGUUGCGGGGGAUCUAAUGAUCGUGGCGUUGACUUUCGCGGUCGAUGGACUCUUCCCGAUAAAACCAUUUUCUUAAUUGGACAAUGUAAAAAAUUUCAGGUUAAAUCUUCGCCUAGACAUGUUCGUGAACUAGAGGGGUCGUUAAGUCACGAGUCGCCUCAAACGUUGGGAAUUAUCUCAUCUGGUGGCGGGUUUACGUCUAAAGCUAAAUUACAGUUCACCGCAUCACCGUGGCCGUUAAUAUUGAUGAUGGUAGGUGAAGAAGGAGAAUCGUGUGAUAUGUUUUUGAUGAAUCAUGCGGCUGAAAAUCUUAUGGAUGGGUUUAAAGUGACAAUGCAUUAUGAAGCCUAUCCUAAAAUUGAAGGUGUAAUGGUUAAUCGCGCGCUUUUAAUAUAUAAAGGCAAACCUUUCGAACCAAAAAAGUCCACGCUAAAGAAAAUGCCGGCAAAAGCAAAAAAAGUUCAGUUAGGAAAGCCCUUCUUGAACGCCAGAAAGAAGGCAGCAGCAGAAGCUUCUAAAACAACUAAUACAAAACCAAAAAAAGCGCAUUUUGCAUUAGCUGGCAAGAAAGAUGAUAAAGCAAUAAAUAAAGUUAUAAGUAAAAAAAAGGUCGAAGAGUUAGAGGAGAAAGAAUCUAAUGACUCUGAUAACUCGGAAAAUGCUGAAACAGACUCGAUAAAAGAUAAUGGUGACGAAGAGGAUGGAAUUUCUUUGGAUAAUUUGUCUGAAGAGGAAUUAUAUGAGGAUGUAGUUCCUCAACAACGUGUAACUAUCAAUAACAAGGCAGUAUUAAUGCGACUGUCCAAUGAAUUAAAACUCGAUUUGCCUUGGAUCGAAACCCAAGUUAUAACUUCGACGGAACCGGUUAUUAUAAAAGAUGUAAAUAAUGAUAUAGAACGAGAACUUGCAUUUUAUAAACAAGCUCUCGAUUCUGCCACAGAAGGGCGCACUCGAAUACUUGAAAAUGGUGUUCCUUUCUCACGACCAGAUGAUUACUUCGCCGAAAUGGUGAAAUCAGAUGAACACAUGGCUAAAAUCCGACAAAAACUACUGGACGAAACGCAGCGUAUCAAAGCAGGCGAAGCAGCGCGUCGUCAACGCGAAUUGAAAAAGUUUGGUAAAAAAGUUCAAGUGGAAAAAAUUCAAGAACGACAAAAACAAAAAACUCAAGAUUUGGAAAAGAUAAAGGCGAUGAAAAAAAAGCGGAAGGGUAUCGAGGAUACUGCUCUUGAUGAUGACUUUGAUAUAGCACUCGAAAAAGCCGUUACCGAAGACAAGCGACCGAAUAAACGGCAGAAAACAAACACCAUGACAAAUAAAAAACGCGUUAAAAAGGACGCAAGAUAUGGAUUUGGGGGGAAGAAGCGUCAUUUAAAAUCUAAUACUGCGGAUUCCUCGGGAGAUAUCGAAGACUUUAAUCCGAAAAAAAUGAAGGGUGGUUGGGGAGCAUCAACAGCCAAACCAAAAAAGAAAAUUGUCAGACAACGCCCUGGGAAGGCAAGAAGACAGGUGGCAAGAAACAAGAAAAGAUGA